GCCGUGCCUGUGUUUUGUGGCUAUAUACAUUCAUAACCUGUAAAAUUCAAUUUUUAAUUUGAUUUUUCUUAAAAAAUACUGGUUUUUCCAUAUUUUUUUUACGAAAAUUUACUAUAUAAAUAGUUAACUUUUGAAUGUUUAAAAUAUUUUUGCGAAAUUCGCACAUCUGGAUUCCUCGACGGACACUACAAUAAUUUCGAUUUGAAAUAAUAAAAAGAAAAUGCCAACUUUUUUGAAAAAUAAUAUUAAAGAAGAGAUUCUUGAUGAUGAUAAUUUUGAUGGCCAAGAAUUGGAAGGAAAAAUUGUAGAUUAUCAGUUUUUAGUAAGACCCAAGCAAGAACAAAUUGAUAUAAAACCAAAUCCAGUGUCAUUAGAGUUAAUAAAUGAAAUAUUAGAUUCCCAGGAGAAUAAUUCAAAUAAUACAGAUGUUUCUACUGAGACCUCAAAGCCCGAAGUUGUCAGGAAAAAUGAUCCUAAAUUUUUUUGUGAAUAUUGUGACUUCAAGACUCUUAGAAAAAGCAAUUUUGUAAGACACUACAAACAUAUACACCAAGGUGUGAAACGUACAAAAAACCUAUUUUGUAAAUAUUGUGACUUCAAGACUUGUUAUAAAGGGUCUUUCGAUCGACACACCAGUAUUCAUGAAAACAAAUUUCGAUAUAUGUGCUCACUAUGUGAUUAUAAAAGCUAUGCAAAACGAAAUUUGCAAAGACAUUUUAAGACUAAACACACACAAAGAGAUACAACAUUUAUUUGUAAUAUUUGUGGACAUGGAUUUACUAGUGAAAGAAAUUAUAGAAACCAUUCUAAUAGGCACAGGAAUGAAAGGAAAUUUAAUUGUGAUCUGUGUUCUUACAAGGCCCGUUGUAAAUCUAACCUAGAUAGUCAUAAGGAUUUUGUUCACUUCAAGAAAUCGAUUGAAAAAACAGUUUUAUGUGAUAUGUGUGACAAAAAAUUUGUAACCCAACAAUAUUUAAACAUUCAUUUAUUUACUGUGCAUGGAAAGAACGUUGGAAUUAAAGAAUACAUUUGCUACAUUUGUGGAUACAAAAAUGUAAGAAAAACAGCAUUUCUUAAACACGUUACCCGACAUUCAAAGCAUUUAGAAAAAAUGUAUUGCGCAAAUUGUGAUUAUUCAACUUUCAAUAAAACAAACCUUAUACAACAUAUGGUGAAACACAAUAAGCACGUAAAAAUGCACAAAUGCAAAAUAUGUUCGUUUGAAACAAAAAGACCUCACACCUUGAGAACUCAUGUUAAAUCGCAUCAAAAUCUUUAACCGAACAUUGGGAUCCCGUUUCUUAAUGUAACUGCCGCCUCACUUAAUUUGUAGUAACAUUUUGUAAUUUCUAAUUCCUCAUUUAAAAAAAAUGCUUAAAAAAAUUACUUAGGAAUUCGAACGUCCUGUCAAACUGCUUCAAUAUGGUAGAUGAUUAGAACACAAAUAACUUUGUUUACCUUAUUAACCAACAAAUAGAAACUCGAUUAACUCGGAAAACUUCUGCAAAGUAGAGCAGUGUUGUUAAAAAUUUUAAAAUAAUAUUGUACUAUAAAUAAAUUUAAUUUUAUCUAUUUAGUUUUAGCUUGUAGGAUUUAUCUUUUAAACAUUCAUUGUCAUAAAGUAAUAACCGUUAAAUUUUAGUAUACAAAUUUAUAGUGAUUUUACUUUUAUUUACAAAUCAUUUAUUGGAUCUAUCUUCUUUUAAAAUUGUGGAAUGCGACUUACCAGUAAUCUUAAUUGUAGGCUUUAAAUGUUUAUAUUUUAGAUUAUAAGUAGUUACUUUUUAAUCAGAUAUGGAACAGUAUGUCCGUGAUUUUGAAACAGAUACAAUUGAAACGUUUACACUAGAAAAUGCAAAAGAAUUAAAAGACAUUUUUAAGGUAAUUAACCAUAUCGACAACUUUAAAUUAUGCCAUACAAACAUUAUACAUUAACAAAAAUAUAGAUGAAUUUAAAGCAUUCCUAGAGUACCCUAGAUACGAAUAUAGACUUAUUAUAGAAAUAGAGACCUGGAAUCUACCUCAACCAGAACUCUAUAAUAUAGUAGGCUAUGAUUUUUUAUACAAUAAAGGUAAUUUCAAUAAAAAUGGUGGGGUAGGUAUUUACAUAUAAUCCAAUCACAAAUACAACUACAAACUUUCAACUAUCUAAAACACAGAUGCAAUAGAACUUCUUUUAACAUUAUAUAAUAGCUAUAAAAUUGCAAUUACUGCUAUAUAUCUUCACCUUCAAUUGAUCCGAAAAAAAUUACAGAUCAUAUACAAUAGUAUAUUACAUUACGAGUGUGGAAAGUGACAUUUUUCACACGAGUGGGAAAUAUUGUCGCACGAGGCACAAGCCGAGUGCGACUAUCACACGAGUGUGGAAAUUCACUUUUCACACAAGUGAUGUACAAUAUUUUUCCUACGACCACAAAAUAUUUUCAUCAAAAAAUGUAAAACCAGGUUAUUAUAAUAAUUAAAAUGUAUUUAAAAAAAUAAUCAACAACAAUCGUAUUUAUUCAAUUUUCAUAUUUUUUAAACAAAAAAAAAACAAAAAUUAAAAAAAAAAUAAAAAAAAAAAAUGUCUGGCCCCCCCCCGCCAGGAUUCGAACGCGGUCGUUCGCCAGGUCUCUCAAAUGGCAAAUUUGAUAAUUUGAUGCUCUAACCAACUGAGCUAACAGGCCUUUCGUCAAUUGAGUGAUCUAAUCGGUUAUAUGUUUAACCAGAAUAAAAAGCAAACAUAAUCUUAGUUAUUUUAAAAUUAUUUUAAUAAUAAUUGUUAAAGAUAAAUAUCUAGGAUCUAAUUUACAACAAUUUCAAUAAUUUAACAAUCAUAUCGAUUUUAGUAUUAAUAUGGACAUUACAUAGAUCAAAAUAGAAAUUAGGUGUUUGACAUUUUGUAACAACUACUGCGGAAAGUAACAUAUUCUCACUCGGGUGGAAAGUAAAUUGUUAUUCAUACGCGUGUGAUAUAGGGCACUUUCCAUAGGACUUUAUAGUGUGAUAUGUGUCACUUUCCUAAGUGGUCGUAGGAAAAAUUAUUUUCAUAACUACGAUUACUCGAAUGCGGCAUAUUCAAUAAUUAUUGGAGACUUGAAUAUCGACAUUCUAAAACACGAAAAAUAUUCUAAUGAAUAUCUCAAUGUUUUAAAUGAAUUUGAAUACCUAUCUACAAUAAAUAGUCCAACAAGUGUUACAGAAAACACAAAAUCUUGUAUUGAUCAUAUUUUUAUUAAAUCUAAUUAAAAUAUUACUGAUAAAAUAAUGCCCUUUGUUGUACGAACAGAUAACAUCACUGUAUAACAGCUUUACAAUUUAUUCUUAAACCUACAAUAAAAUCUGAAACAAAAAAUAAAACGGCAAGAUUUAAAAAAUUCGUGAAUCAGAAAAUACUAAAAAAUAUUUUAAAUAGUGUAUCUUUUGGUGAUCUAUUUGCUACUAGGGAAGUCGAUUCUGCAACAAAUACAUUCGUUAGUUUAUUAUCUAAGUUUGUAAAAGAUAGCACAAAAGAAUUAAAAUUAAGAAGAAAAAUACAUAAAAUGAGGUCCCUGGAUCACAAACCAGCUGCUAAAAAAAAAAUAAGAAGAAUGCACUUUUCAACAAAUAUUAAAAAACCCGAAUAACCUAGAAAUUAAACAACAAUUCUAUAAAAACUGAAAAAUAACUAUUAUAAAAGCCUAAUUAACAAAAAUAUUGAAAACAAUUCCUGUAACCCCCAACAACUUUGGAAAGUAUAUGAAAUUAACCCCAAUAGAAAAACAAAAAAAAUAAAUUCAAUAAAAAACUCAAAAGGGAAAAUAAUAAAUACUUUCAAAGAAAUUGCAAAUAUUUUUAAUAAAAACUAUACAGGGUGGCUCACGCUCAACGGGACGGAGCUUUAUGGGAAAACGACCAAAGAUAUAAAAAAAAUUGUUUGGGAGGAAUACGUAGGUUACAGACGGCUACAAUUUAAAAUUUGUUAGAUGUAUACAGGAUGUCCCACAUAAGAGAAAA